CUACCAACCUCACACUCUUUCACUUCCCCAUUUUUCUCUCUUUCUCUGUCUACAAACAGAACCUCUAGAUCUCCAUUUUCCAGACAAAUAAAUCUACAAAUUUCCCCUUUUUCUUUUUCAAAUUUUAUUUUCUUUCCUCCAAAGUAAAAAUUAUUAUUCAGAUAAAAAAUCCUUCCCCCCAUUAAUUUUCCUCCAUUACAUGGAAGAAAAAUGGAAGCUUUCAAAAAAGGAAUCAGCUUCUUCUUCUUCUUCUUCUUCUACUUCCAAAUCAUUCUUUUCCAGAAGCGGUUCCACCAGAAGCACUUCCUCAAAAUUACCAUUAUUAAGAAGCUUAUCCCAAAAACACACUCCCUCCUCCUCCGCCGCCUCCGCCGCUGCCGGAAAGUCCCCGACCGAUCUUCGCCGCAGCUCCUCCCAAAAAAAUUCCUCCUCAUCCAUUGGCCACAAAUGCAGCAGCUUAGCCAAAGAACAAAAGGCCAGAUUUUACAUCAUGCGCCGAUGUGUUGCAAUGCUUGUUUGUUGGCAUAAACAUGGCGAUCCAUGAAACCUUCUAUACACCGCCGCCCUACACUAUCUUUAUCCUUUUCCCCCCAUCAGUAAGCAUUUUCUUUUUUUAGCUUAAUUUUUGGAUCUCUUUUCUCUCUUUUUUUUUUUUUUUCAAUCAAAUUUAAGAAUUUAUAUUUUUGUUAGAUUCAAAAUGUAAUUAGAUAAUUUAGAUUUUGGGUUCAUGUUAAUGGAGCUACAAUUUUCCCCAAUUACCCUGUAAUAACAAGACAGAGAAAAUUCAUAUAUCCACAAAUUUUCAUUAUUCUUUUUUUAAGACCCAUGGGGAAAAAAUUAUUCUAUAUUUGUCAAUGUCAUCUUGUAGUUUUCGUUUCCUCUCCGAGACCGAUCGGUUAGCCUAAAGUGUUAGUAGAUAUAACAUAAUGUAAAAGAAUUUAUAAAUAUAGUAAAAUUUAGAUCCAAUUUUUAAAGUUUAUUGGUGAUAGACUAUAUCAUCAAAUGAGUCCAUUAACAAUAGAGUUUAUCAUUGAUAUAUUUUGCUAUAUUUGUAAUUUUUAAAAAUAUUGCUAUGUACUUAAUUAUUAAUCUUAAAGUGUUAUUCAUUAUUGUAAAUUACAUUUUUUUCAAUAAUUAGAAGAUGAAACCAAAGUCAACAUUGUUCAACUAACAUAAAUCUUUUGUUCGAAUCUCCCGAUCCGUUCAUAUUCUAUACCAUUAAUUUUUUUUUGGAUGAUAAUUACGUAUGUAAUGAAAUUAGUAGUGUAAUUUUUUUUUUUUUUGGUUAAAUAUGUAUGUAGUGUAUAAUUAUUUCAAUUUUAGAGUGUUUUCUUCUCAUGUGUGCUUAGUUCUCAUCUAGUUUGAUAAGAAGAUUCUCUUUAUGGUGUUGGGGAAGGUGCCAAAAAUAUUGUACAUUAGUGGGGGAUGUGAAAGCAAUGUGUAGAUUCUCUUUGAAAUGGUGGACUCACUUUUUCCCUCCUCCUUUUGGUAGAAAAACUCAUAC